GGAGGGGCUUAAAGGGUGGGCUUGUAGUCAUUGUCAGGCAGCGAGUAGGAGCAGACUGAGUGAAGAACGUGUGUGUGCAGACUGGGAUGAGUAGAUGCACCGGGCAGCUUAGCUGUUGAAACAGCCAGAGAGAGAGAGAGAGAGAGAGCGAGAGGGGGGAGACAGAAGCUGAGAAGAAAAAGGGAGGAUACUUCAACUACAACUAUGCUGUGCUGCAUAAGAAGAACCAAACCGGUAGAGAAGAACGAGGAUGCAGAUCAGAAGAUCGAACAGGAUGGCACUGCCAACAAACCCGAGGACAAGGCCCACAAGGCUGCCACCAAAAUACAGGCUAGCUUCCGUGGACACAUAACUCGGAAAAAGAUGAAAGAUGGAGAGGAGGAGAAGGAGAAGGAAGGAGAUGGUCUUGCUGCAGAGGAAGUAACAAAUGGAGAAGAAGAGCCAAAGGUGAAUGGAGAAGAGAAACUUACUGAGAAGGAGGAAACUGCAGGAGAGGAGACCAAGAAGGAGGUGGAGGAGACAAACCAAGCCAAGAGCCCAGUGGCAGACAAGUCAGCUCCAGCAGACACGGCGAUGUCUCCUGUAGCGGCAGCACCACCUGCUGCUUCUCCCACAGCACCCUCUGAACCUCACCAAGAGGAGCCCAAGGUGGAGGAGAAAGCUCAGGAGAAGCCCAAAGAGGUGGUGGCAGCAGAGAGUCCCACCACUGCCACUGAGAAGGAGGAGGAGCAGAGUGAACAGAAGAAGGAAGAGGAGGCCAGAAAAGCCGACGUGCCUGCUGCUGCCAGCCCAACAGCUGAGAAGGAGGAGCCUAAACAAACAAACGGUAUACAAGAUGCUGCAAAGGAGUUGAAAGCAGAGGAGACCACCCUGGUAGAUGGAGUGGUGGAGUCCCCUGAAUCCAAGGAUAACUAAGGCCAAGUCAAACCAAUUGAAGAAUAACGCAAAAACACAAAUUUAAAAAGGUUGCUCAUUGCCUUCCCAGAGUGAAGGCAGUCUGUUUCUAUUUGUCUUUUUUUUUUGUGUGGCAAUGACUUUCUCAUGUUGGGGGAGUUUCCAGAGAGAUUUCUUCUGCUCAGACUAAUAGUAUGAGGAAGUUUAUGAUAAUGUUAGCGUUGUGAUGAUUAUAAAAAUGUUUAUUACCUUAAUGAUGACGAUGAAAGAGAUGAUGAUGAUGAUGAUUGUUAAUGUUGAUGAUAUGGCAAAGUACAUUUGGUGUGUUUUUACUAUAUAAUGUGGUAAAAACACUGUUGAAAAACUGGCUCCCAACUGGAAUAGUGACACAGAUUUGAAUGCAUUGCUAAUGCAACACAUUAGAUUUUUAUUGUAAUUCUCUUUCUUUGAAGCUUCAUUGCAGAAGACCGUUUGGCAGAUGUACUCACAAAAACAAGUUUUAAUAUGCAAUUUCAGUUUUUAACACAGAACAAGUGUACGAAAAAUAAGAAAUGCACUGGUAAUAUUAUAACAAUAACAGUAAUAGAAUGUAUAAAUUGUGUGACAUAUCCAGCUGGUCAGUUGUAUCUUGAAUUCCAAAACAGCAAAGCAGAUGGAUCUAUCUCCUGUCUAUUUUCUUUAAGUUACUCAACCUCGGUAAAAAGCCCUAAGAAGGCCUCUGUCAGCUUUGCAUUUACAGUAAAGAACCUGUUGCCAUUUAAAUAAAAUAAUCUCUAGAAAAUAAGUAUAGUAUUGAUGUGUCUGGCUCUUAUAUACACCAAUUUGUAUUCGGACAACCAAACGUGAGAACAGUAGCGCGAACAACUGAACCAGAUGCAUGAUGGAAACUCUCCCUUCAAGAGGAACUUUUUCGCAGUCACAGAAACAUAAGAGGUGUGGCAGCUUCUUUUUGAUGUCUUUGGUGUUGUUAUGACAGUUUAUAUAGACUGGAAAAAAAUACUCUUGCACUGAUGUAACAAAAUUUCUGAAAAGAAAAAUCAAACGAACAAGUAAACAAACAAAAAAAAUUACUUUCCUUGUUUCAGUGAGUGCAAUGACCAGUUUCAACCUUAUCUAAAAGCUAAAACUUGUGAAAGAAAUGGUUUCCAUGUCUGUUUUCAAAAUAAAAAACAUGUGCCAAUUACCAUCAUAA